AGGACCUUUGCUGCAACAAGUCCACUGAUUCAAAAAUUUGUUGCGGAAAUACCGUGCUUAUUCUUUGGGAGGUGUUUUCUUUGCUGGAAAUACUCAUUAUCGUUAUCUGUUAUUAUUUUGAAGGAAGUUCUUGCUACG